UAACAAAAGAGAUACAUUUAGGUAUACAAUAUUUCAGAUCUCGUUCCAGAUUAAAAACAGAUAACCUGGACCAGAAGAACCUUGAAAUAUCAUCAGUAUUUAUUAAACCAUUCACGUUACAAGAUAAUGUGAAAUUAUUCACAGCAAAAGAGAAAUUACACAGUUAGUUAAAAAAUACUUAAAAACUUUCAACUAACGAGACUAGUAAAAUGAGUUCCAAACACUUGGCAGCCGGUUCAGUUGCCCCACCCAUUGUACCUGGAAAGAUACGUUUAUAUAGUAUGCGAUUUUGUCCAUAUGCCCAAAGAAUUCAUUUAGUACUUGACGCGAAACAUAUACCACAUGAUGUUGUUUAUGUAAAUUUGACUCAGAAACCAGAUUGGUUAUUAGCAAAGAGUCCUGUAGGCAAAGUUCCUUGUAUAGAAUUAGAAGGAGGGGAAACCUUGUAUGAAAGCCUUGUGAUUGCUGAAUAUUUAGAUGAUGCAUAUCCACAAAAUAAACUUUACCCCAAUGAUCCCCUAUCUAGAGCUAAGGACAAGUUGUUAAUUGGUAGAUUUAAUUCUGUUAUAAAUACUAUGUAUAAGUUAUGUAUCAGUACAUCUACAGACCGUGAUGUAUUUGAUGAAGCACUAUUAGAAUUAGAAUUUUUUGAAAGAGAACUUGCAUCAAAAGGUACACCAUUCUUUAAUGGUAAUUCUCCUGGUAUGUUAGAUUUUAUGAUAUGGCCAUGGUGGGAAAGAUCAGAUGUCAUUAGAAUUUUACGUGGAGAUCAGUUUACUAUACCACGUGAUAGAUUCAAAAGAUUGUUGGAAUGGAGAUCUGCAAUGAAAGAAAAUCCUGCUGUUCAAUCUAGUUACUUAGAUACUGAAGUACAUGCUAAAUACAUGCGAAGUCGUCGAGUUGGAAUACCACAAUACGAUUUGGCUACUGCUUAA